AUGGCAGAGCCCAUACAGCAGCUGACCAGGAACAACAGUCCCCAAGAGAGACAGACCAUUCCCUUCACGCUGAUCCAGCGCAAGGAGAAGCUUGGAGAUCUGCUUUAUGAAAAGCGUCAGUAUGGAAAAGCCAAAUGGGCUUGUAUAAAAAUGAAAGAAAAACAGUAUGAACAGAGCAUAUGCCUUGGAUUCAUGAAGCUUAUGAGGUACAUUUGUGAGCAGAAUUCCUCAGGCCUGUACUUGGGGAUAACAAUACCCAUUGUGACCAUCGUCCACACAAACGAAUCCCAGUCGGAGAUAACGCAGGCGGUGACGGUAGCGUACUACCUGCCUGAAGUGCUGCAGGAUGAGCCACCACACCCUUUUGACUCGGACAUCAUCAUCGAAGAAUGGCCUUCUACUAUUGUUUAUAGCAGGGGCUUCAGAGGAAUCACCAAUGAAGUCUCUAUAAUGAGAGAAAUAAACCUGCUGGCAGAAAUUCUGGAGAGCCCCGAGUUAUGUUUGCAGGACACCUUCAUCAUCGCAGGAUACACGAAUCCUGCUGCUGCCAAUCGCCACAAUGAGAUAUGGUUCCUUCAGAGACCAUAG